UAGAACAGAAAAUCGAAUCAUUCUGCAAGAAGAUAUUGUGUUGUUUGUUUGAGAAGCUGCAUUACUAGCUACUUCAAACGACUUUUAAACUUUUCUUAAAUUCUGAACAAAAUUUAAAGAUUAUUCGACAAUAUGCGUGAAUGUAUCUCGGUUCAUGUUGGACAAGCCGGCGUCCAGAUCGGUAAUGCUUGUUGGGAAUUGUACUGCCUUGAGCAUGGAAUCCAACCUGAUGGUCAGAUGCCAUCUGAUAAAACAGUAGGAGGUGGUGAUGACAGUUUCAACACUUUCUUCAGCGAAACGGGGGCUGGGAAGCAUGUUCCUAGAGCAGUUUUUGUUGACCUUGAACCAACUGUGGUCGAUGAAGUCAGAACUGGUACCUAUAGACAAUUAUUUCACCCUGAGCAACUAAUUACUGGCAAGGAGGAUGCUGCUAACAAUUACGCCCGUGGUCACUAUACAAUUGGAAAAGAAAUUGUAGAUUUGGUAUUGGACAGGAUCCGUAAACUUGCUGACCAAUGUACAGGCUUGCAAGGUUUUCUAAUCUUUCAUUCAUUUGGUGGAGGCACUGGAUCUGGUUUUACCUCCUUACUCAUGGAAAGACUCUCUGUUGACUAUGGAAAGAAAUCAAAACUGGAAUUUGCUAUCUAUCCUGCACCCCAAGUUUCCACAGCUGUAGUUGAGCCAUAUAAUUCAAUUCUUACCACACAUACCACCUUAGAGCAUUCUGACUGUGCUUUCAUGGUUGACAAUGAAGCUAUCUAUGAUAUUUGCAGAAGAAACUUGGACAUCGAACGCCCUACUUAUACCAACUUGAAUAGACUCAUUGGGCAGAUUGUUUCUUCAAUAACAGCUUCAUUGCGUUUCGACGGUGCCUUAAACGUCGACUUGACGGAAUUCCAAACUAAUUUGGUGCCAUACCCACGUAUCCAUUUCCCUCUCGUCACCUAUGCUCCUGUAAUCUCAGCUGAAAAGGCUUACCAUGAACAACUAUCAGUUGCUGAAAUAACCAAUGCUUGUUUUGAACCUGCGAAUCAAAUGGUAAAAUGUGACCCAAGACAUGGAAAAUAUAUGGCUUGUUGCAUGCUGUAUCGAGGUGAUGUUGUUCCCAAAGAUGUAAAUGCAGCUAUUGCUACCAUCAAAACCAAGCGAACCAUCCAGUUUGUCGAUUGGUGUCCCACUGGAUUUAAAGUUGGUAUUAACUACCAACCACCAACCGUUGUUCCAGGUGGUGACUUGGCUAAAGUACAACGUGCAGUAUGCAUGUUGUCAAAUACUACAGCUAUUGCCGAAGCUUGGGCUCGUCUUGACCACAAAUUCGACCUCAUGUAUGCCAAGCGUGCAUUUGUACAUUGGUAUGUUGGUGAAGGUAUGGAGGAAGGUGAAUUUUCUGAAGCACGUGAAGAUUUGGCUGCUCUUGAAAAGGAUUAUGAAGAAGUUGGCAUGGAUUCUGGAGAAGGAGAAGGUGAAGGAGCCGAAGAAUACUAAAUUCCAAAAUGAUCUUGAAACACUCACAUUUUCUUUAUCAGUUUUUUAUAUGUUUCUUUGAAGUGUUCCAAUGUUAACGAUUUUUUAAAGGCUGAUUUACUUCAAUAAAUUAUUUGAGCAUU